AUGGCGCAGACACAACCUCAACAGCCUCCUCCUCACCAUCCUCCGCAGUACCCCCCGAGCCAGCCAUUCUCACCUCCUGUUACGACUCCCCAUGGCGCCACUCCACCAGCGAACAUUGGUGUGAACCCCCCUCCUCCUAAACGCCAACGCCUCUCUCCCCUUCCACAAUCACAGUCACCUUACGGAUCUCCCAGCUUUGGCACAUCGCAGCUCCCACAAAAUCAGCCUCUAGGCCUGAAUGGGUCUAACGUGAAUGCCUUUUCGACGCCGAGCCCUCUUCCCAGUGCAACUUCUGUCUCCGUUCCCAACAUGUCUCCUGUUUCCAUUGCGCCUGCUGCACAUGUGGCGCCGGCUCCUCCGCCUCCACCUCCAGGCUCUAUGGGCCCUCCAUCGCGGCCAGCAGAGAAACCGACUGAUGCUGCGGAUCUGAGCGAUGUUUUGGCACAAUCAGGAAUCGAUGUCAGGGAAGAAGAAGCCUAUCUCACACAGAGUUAUGCAGCGCCUCAGACAGUGCAGCGGCCUCCACUUGCUGGGCCAAGCACAUCUUUCGCGUCUACGCCGUCGACUCCAGGAACAGCCUCAGCGAACGCCAGCUUUGACAUGUCCCAGGGAAGGCUUCCUCCUACACAAGAACAACAAGCUGUGCCUCCAUAUUCUGAGGAUGCGCCCUAUAACCAGCCGACAUACGAGGAAACACGAGCAGCAAGGAGAUCUCAAUACCAUUUACAAGACCCCUUUUUGCUUACAAAAGUACUCGAGCAAAAAAUGCAGAAACGGGCUUACGAACUGGGUGUCCGGCUUCCCACCGAAGGUCUAUAUCAUCCCAUGCCGGGAUCACGACAACCGAUAGAAGUGACAGGCCCUGACGGGUCCUCUAUCGUUCGGAGGGGACACACUAUAAUCAAUCAAGAGGGAGCGCCUCUUGUUGAUAUUAUUUCACUCAUGUCGCUCUGCUGUGAGGAACGGUUGAGAGGCGUUGUCGAAUACUCUGCCAGUCUAUCAAAGAGUCGGCGCUUGCACUCUCAUGGGGUUGUUCCUGCGGAAUGGCAAGAUUUAACCGCUGCCAACUCAGGUUCGGGGGCUAUUACUGAUCCAUCAUUCAAACGUAAGGAAGACAUCUUUGAUACUGAUCAAUGGAAAAGCCUGUUCUUGAAUGCUCAUGAUUCUCCAGGACCCCAUUCUGCAAUCGAUAACACACUCUCCAAACCGUUGGCCGACAGGUACCUUGUUUUGUCCACUAAGGAUAUGUCUGAUGAACAAGCCCGUGCCGCCAAACGAGCGAAACGCAACGCCAACGCUAUCAUCAACGAGACCAAUUCCGGCAGCAGGACACCUUCGCUUGAUUUAGGUUCUGGUGUGGCAACGCCCACGUCGCAGGCAGCUUUGGGACUUGGAAAGGGAGUAACGAAGAAAGAAGCCAAGAAACAGUUGGAUGCCCGGGCGAGUGAAGCUCAGCAGCACCAACAGUCUGUGGAGACGGCGCGUAAAGCGUUGUCCAGUACACUGUUCCCAGGGUCCAAGAAGCGAAAUUACGCGUGGUUGAACAAGGGUUCUGGUUUGAACAGCGUCUCAUCGCCUCGGCCUCUCUCGCCUGCCCUUGGCAGCAGCCUCGGAGGAGCUGGCGGCGGGGUUGAUAGGAAUCAGAAAAAACGAAGCGACGGCGCAACCACCGCAGUAGCAUCUCGACUAGGAGACUGGCGCGAAGAUCGGGCGGCGGGGAUCCAAGUGCGAGACAUACUGUUUAUGCUCGAGCAGGAUGGCGGAGGCUCGAGGCACAUUCAAAAAGCUUACAGCAAGGACCUGCAAGAAGAGCGGCUCUCGUAA